GUGGUUGGUUUAGUGUGUUGCAGGACAACAAGAGUCUGACUAUAUAUUUUUGGUUGUACGCUUUUAAGUCUGUUUUAAUCGUCGAAAAUGGCUCUUCGUAUGACCAGAAAUUCCCAGCUGAGUGCCGAAAACAGGACGGUUGUACCAGGUAAGGGAGUCGCCGCAUCAAAACCAGGAUUGAGGCCCAGAGCUGCACUUGGAGAUAUUGGCAAUAAGGGACCUGGCUCCAAACCAACUCAAAAAAAGGAAAUCAAACCAGCCCCUACCAAAGUAGUUCAGCGACAAGCCAGCAAGUCUGAAAAUGCCCUUGAAGCAAAAGUGCCUAAGAGAACUGCAGCCAAGCCGGUUAUUGAAGAGUUGCCUCCAUCCCCAACCCCAAUGGAGACAUCAGGCUGUGCACCUGCGGAGGACUUGUGCCAGGCCUUUUCAGAUGUGCUACUGAAUGUCAAGGAUGUUGAUGCAGAUGAUGCUGAGAACCCUAUGCUCUGCAGUGAAUACGUGAAGGACAUCUACAACUACCUAAGACAGGUUGAGGUGGAGCAGGCUGUAAGGCCGAAGUACCUGCAGGGACAGGAAGUCACUGGGAAUAUGCGUGCUAUACUGAUUGACUGGCUAGUGCAGGUUCAAAUGAAAUUCAGACUGCUUCAGGAGACCAUGUAUAUGACUGUUGGAAUAAUUGAUCGCUUCCUUCAGGCUAAUCCGGUGCCCAAGAAGAUGCUGCAGCUUGUAGGUGUGACUGCUAUGUUGCUGGCCUCCAAAUAUGAAGAGAUGUAUCCUCCAGAGAUUGCAGACUUCGCGUUUGUUACCGACCACACUUACACCACGGCUCAGAUCAGAGCUAUGGAAAUGAAGAUCCUGAGGGUGCUCGACUUUGGCUUUGGGCGUCCAAUUCCCCUGCAGUUUCUGAGACGGGCUUCCAAAAUUGGAGAAGUAACUGCAGAGCAGCACACCCUGGCUAAAUAUCUAAUGGAGCUGACCAUGGUGGAUUAUGAAAUGGUGCACUACCCCCCAUCCCAGAUUGCAGCUGCUGCCCUUGCAUUGACCUUAAAUAUUCUCAACUGUGGUGAAUGGACCCCUACUCUGCAACAUCACAUGCACUACACUGAAAGCUGUCUGGUUCCUGUGAUGCAGCACAUGGCUAAAAAUGUUGUGAGGGUCAAUGAAGGACUCUCAAAACACAUGGCUGUCCGGAACAAGUAUGCAAGCCAGAAGCUAAUGAAGAUCAGCACUAUUCCCCAGCUAAAGUCUGCAGUACUCAAGAAUCUGGCUAAAUCGCUGCCCUCUUAAAUAUUGUUUAUGUACAGAUCUUUCAAUUGUAUUGUCUUGGCACUAUGUGCUAUUGUAAAUUUUUGUAUUAUGCAUGGCUUUUAUAGAUUUUAAUAAAGUGUUUUUCUGUACAUCUUCUCCAUCCACUGAAUUUGAAA